GGUCACUUCCUCCCCUGUCUCGUAGCAACGGCUGGCAGCGUUGCUGACAUCCCGGGCAGCGGUGGCACCGGACUGAGCUCAGAGUCUCGCCGCCCGCGCAAUGGCAGAGGUGGAGGAAACCCUAAAGAGGAUCCAGAGCCAUAAAGGGGUUAUAGGAACGAUGGUUGUAAAUGCAGAAGGCAUUCCCAUCCGAACGACCUUGGACAACUCGACAACAGUUCAAUAUGCAGGUCUCCUUCAUCAGCUGACCGUGAAAGCCAAGAGCACAGUUCGUGACAUUGAUCCUCAGAACGACCUAACUUUUCUUAGGAUCAGAUCAAAGAAACAUGAAAUCAUGGUAGCUCCAGAUAAGGAAUAUCUUCUGAUUGUCAUUCAAAAUCCAUGUGAAUAGACCUGCAAUGGACAAGUUCUGUGCUGGGACGCCAGGCUGAAAACAUUUCACUCUUUAAAGAUUCCUAAAAUUAUAAUCCAAUCUAAAUGAUCUUUUGGACAUUCCUUUCUAUUUUUACAUUUAAACUCUUCUACAUGUCUCAUUUAGUCCAUUUUUAAUGUAUUGUAAAUUUGUGAUUUAGCUAUAUAAUAAAUAAAUUCUGGUAUGUAUGCCUCAUUUUUUUUACGAUACACAAAACCAAAGAAUUCUAGUGAGAAGACA